CAGUUGAGACGUGUCAGUGAGUAUCAGUAGGGUUUGAAACUUUACCCACUCUCCAGAUUCGGAUGGAUCAUCGCCAUACGUACCAAUGCCAAUUGCAAUUGCAUUCCUCCUCCGAUCCGCCGCUAUAAAUAGCUACGCUCUCGGCGCAAUAUCUUCACUACCACACCACAAAACCUAAUCAAUUUUUUCUCUUCUCCUUUCUGUGGCUCACGAAUGGCGUCUGGAUCGCUGAGCUCGCACAGGCCAGGCUCCUCCUCGUGGACACCGCAGGAGAACAAGCUGUUCGAGCGAGCCCUAGCGCGCUUCGACACCGACUCCCCUGACCGCUGGCAGAACGUCGCCAGGGCGGUCGGCGGCGGAAAGUCCGCCGACGAAGUUAAAAGGCACUACGACAUCCUCAUUGAGGAUCUCCGCCGAAUCGAAUCCGGCCAUGUCCCUAUCCCCAAUUACACCAACACUUCUGUCCAGGAUGAGAAAAGGCUGCUGAAGCUUCUCAACAUGUGAUUGGGAGUAGAGCUGAGAGGGCUAGCUGAUGAAGAAUAUUAAUUAAUUAAAAUGAACGAAGAAUGCUGUAAUUAUUGGCCUUCUUCCUAAUUAAUUAGCUUUUUUAAUUUAUUAGGUAUUGUCACGAUGUAACGCCCCUAGUUUUUCAUGCAUGCAUAUUAUGUUUGUCUUCUCUUGAAGCAGAUAAUCAAGUCUACUGCUAAUGCAUGCAUAUGAAUAUCCCCAUCCCUAAUUACCUAGUAGCUUUUGUCUUUCCUAGUAUUGAAUAAAAAUCCUACUUGCUAUAAAUAUGCUGUUUCUAAUUAACGUU